UUCUCUGCUAACCGGAAAGAAAUGCGAUAAGAGAUGUGCAUUGAGCAAUUUCUUUCCUCUGCAAAGUAAAAGUGAAAGGGCAAUUUAUUUCUACAACUGAAAUAAGUUCUUCACACAAGUUCACCAUUAUAAUUAUAAAAAAAUGUUAACAUUGGCUUAUAAUAGCUUAAACCAGUUUAUAGAAGAAUAUAAUUUCAAUUUAUUGAACUUUAUAUUUAUCGGUUUUACUGCAGUGAUAAUAGUCUUCGGUAGCCUCGUUAAUCUUGUAGAGUCUUUGCUGCCCAACUCCUUACGGCAGUCAUUCCGGUAUGGCAAGCAUUGCCAUAAAGGCACUACAAAUGCAUUAAUUAGUCUUACGGAAAUACCAAAGAGUUGGUUUAAACAUUUCUACAUUUUCGCUUUCUCCUGGUCACUGUUGGCACUUGUUCUCGUGCUGAAAGGAUUCAUUGCGAAAGCAGAAGCGCCAGAAAUGGUGUUGACAUUUUUGGAUUUUAUGGCUGGUGGCCAAGCGAAUAGAAGUGUGCAAGUUGAUUCCACUUGCGCUUUGGUAGCUACAGUGCUCAUGACUAUGCAAUGUGGAAGGCGAUUUUAUGAGACAAAUUUCGUACAAAUAUUCUCGAAAAAUAGUAGAAUUAAUUGGAGUCAUUAUUUAGUUGGAUACAUACACUAUUUUGGUGCAAUAUUGGCGUUAUUAGCGAAUACGCAAGGCUUUGUAAGAGGAACUCAGCCCUCGCCUUUCUCUUUGAAGCAAAUUUCACUUGUACAAUAUCUUUGCAUAUUUAUUUUUCACUUUAGUUGGACACAACAGUACAAGUCAAAUAUGAUACUUGUUAACUUGCGUAAAGAUGCUAAAAGUGGUGAAAUAAAAACUGAACAGCAUUUACUUCCGACAGGUGGAUUCUUCAAUAUGAUUUCCUCGCCGCAUAUGUUUUUUGAAAUCGUCAUGUAUGUGGCGGUGUUGGGAUUGAUGCUAAAUAGUACUACAUGGCUCUUAAUAUUCAUAUGGGUAUUUUCCAAUCAGUUGAUGAAUGCAUUGCUCACGCACAAAUGGUACAAGGAAAAUUUUAAAAAUUAUCCGAAAACACGAAAGGCGCUUAUACCCUUCAUUUUGUAAUCAUUAUUGAACUUAGAAUAUUUUUGAUACUUACAUACAUAUUUUAAUUAAAAUUUUUAAAGAUAGUUAUAUUACAUUCCUUUGGUAUAGUCGUCGGUUCAAAGACGAGUUCAUGUCGUGAUGUACAACCAUUAACGCUUGUCCAACUAGAAAAUAAAAGCUGAGGAAUAUGUCUUAAUA